UUGACACAGAUUAUUCAAUUUUGUGUUACAAUAUCUGUCAAUGUCAGAUUUAUUUACAUGUGUGAUGCGACAUGUGUGUUUAUUUGUUUACCUUUUCAAAUUUACUUUUUGAAAAAGUAGCAUAAACUUGUAGUAAUAACAUAAAGUAAAGCUUAUAAAAGAUGGCUGAUAUAUUCGAUAACGAAGAGAUUGAUAAGGAUACCGUAGAAGAAGAAGAACUUUACCAACUGUUUCCCGAGAAUUAUAACCUACUAACAGAGAAAGCUGUUUCACUCAAGAAAUCAUACAUUAAUAAGUUACACGGUACCAAAUCACUAAAGCUAGCAGUAAGUGUAUCAGACGGCAGUAUAGAAGUAUAUGAGCUGAACAACAGCUCCCUAGACCAGGUGUGUCGGCUGAGCGGGCACCGCGGGGCGGUGGGGGGCGUGGUGUUCAGCCCCCGCGAGGACCACCUGCUGUACUCCGCGGGGCAGCACGGGGUCGUCAAGCUGUGGGACACGAGGGCUAGCGGCUCCUGUGUGCAGGAGUACAAAGAGGAAGAAGACAAAGAGAUAAAGCCAUUUGAGUGCCUGGACGUGUCGUGCAACGGGCGCGUGAUCUGCGCCGGCAGCCAGCUCGUGAAGGAUGAUGCCUUCCUCGUGUUCUGGGACCAGAAGAUGCCCAAACCCCUCGGCGGAUACUGGAACUCACACACUGAAGAUAUCACACAGGUUAAAUUCCACAAAGAAAAGCCGGAAACCCUCGCAACAGGCUCGAGCGACGGUCUCAUGAACAUCUUCAACAUCACAGAGCAGACCGAGGACGACGCACUAAUCUACUCUCUCAACGUCGAGAACUCUGUGGAGAAGCUCAGCUGGCUCGACGACAAGGUGGCCGCUGUCAUCACGCAGUCUAAUGACUUACAGACCUGGGACACUGAGGCAGGGGAUAUGCUGAGGAGCUAUUCGAGGGAUAAAGUCGCUAAGAGCAUAAAGAGGAGCAAGCACGACGACUGCUACCUGGUGGACGCGUUCACAGCACAAGAUGGAUCCCACGUGCUGCUCGCCGGCUCGUACGGGGGAGACGGCUCGUGCUUGCGCUCGGUGUCGCUGGGCGACAAGAAGCUGCGCGCGCGCACCGCGCUGCGCGGGAACACGCAGACUGUGAGCUGCAGCUGGUACCAGCAGGAUAAAGACAUCCUGGUGACGACAGGCGAGGGCGGCGUCAUCAGCGUGUGGGCGCGCCCCCCCUCCCCCGCGCCCGCCCCCGCAGCCCCCGCCGUGGAGAAACUCACCAUCAGGGAGAGCAAGAAGGGAGCUCACAGACAUAAGCCAUACUGAUCAAUAUACGCAGAAU